GCGGACCCGGCGGCAGGAGCCGGACGCGCGGUUGCGGUUCCCGGUGUCGCGGACGGGGUCGAGGCCGGCGGCCCGAGGCGCCCGAGCGGGGUGCGCCCAAGAGAGCCGCGGCAGCCGAGCAGCCAUGGCGGAGGCCACGCCGCAUCCCCUGGCGCUCCCCUCGGGGCUACUGGAGCUGUGCGCGCUGCUGGGGCCCUCCCGGGACAGCCUCCGCGGCCCCGAGCUGGUGGCCCAGAAGAAGGGGGCCAGCAGCCUCUCUGCUCUCGACCCAGAGGUCCUGUCCAUCUUUGUUCCUCCUUUCGUCAGUAAGGAGGACACUCAGCUGGCUGGCACCAACUGUGCUCUGAGCAAGACCAGAAGGCGCUCCUUCAGAAAGAAGAGGGAGAAGCCCAAAACAGAGCCCUGGAAGGGACCCCCUCCGGAAGACGUCAGCGUCCCCAAUGGCGUGGACCUGCUCGCCCUGCCUCAGCUCUGCUUCCCAGGGGGCGUGUGUGUGGCCUCCGAACCGAAGGAGGACUCUGUCCACUUUCUGGUGCUGACCGAUGUCUGUGGGAACAGGACGUAUGGCGUGGUUGCCCAGUACUACCGACCCCUGCACGACGAGUCCUGUUUCUACAACGGCAAGAUGCACUGGGAGCCGUUCAGGCCACCUGGGGGUGCGGCUGGCUGCUUCGUGCCCUUUGCCGUGUGUGUGGUCUCCAGAUUCCCCUAUUACAACGCCCUUAAGGACUGCCUGUCUUGUUUAUUGACUCAUCUGAAGCUCUGUAAAGAUUUCGAAGUUGACAAUCACAUAAAAGAUUUUGCUGCAAAGCUAUCUUUAAUCCCUAGCCCACCGCCUGGACCACUUCAUCUGGUGUUCAACAUGAAGCCGCUGCAGAUCGUGUUUCCCUCCCGGGCGGACCCCGAGAGCCCGAUCGUCGACCUGGACCUUCACCUGCCCUUGCUGUGCUUCAGGCCCGAGCAGGUGCUGCAGAUCCUGACGUGCCUGCUGACGGAGCAGCGCAUCGUGUUCUUCUCGUCCAGCUGGGCUCUGCUGGCCCUGGUGGCCGAGUGCUUCCUCGCCUACCUGCACCCCCUGCAGUGGCAGCACACCUUCGUGCCCAUCCUGUCGGGCCAGAUGCUGGACUUCGUCAUGGCGCCCACGUCCUUCCUCAUGGGCUGCCACCUGGACCACUUCCAAGAAGUCAGCAAGGAAGCUGACGGUUUAAUUCUGAUAAAUAUCGACAACGGGAGCGUCACCUACUCUAAUGACGAGGACAUCGAUGUUCCCGACAUCCCUCUCCUGGCAGCACAGACGUUUAUUCAGAGGGUCCAGAGCCUUCAGCUGCACCACGACCUGGACCUCGCCCACCUGGGCGCCAGCACAGACCUGAACGAGGGGCGCGCCCGCAGGCGGGCCUGGCAGCAGGGACUCAACUACCAGCUGCAGCAGGUGGCCCUACAGCUGCUCGUCAGCAUCUUCAGGGAGGUGAAGAAUCACUUAAAUUAUGAGCACAGAGUGUUCAACAGCGAGGAGUUUCUCAAAACCAGAGCUCCUGGGGACCAGCAGUUCUACAAGCAGGUUCUGGAUACCUACAUGUUUCACUCUUUCCUUAAAGCCCGGCUCAGCAGAAGAAUGGACGCCUUCGCCCAGAUGGACCUCGACACGCAGUCGGACGAGGACAGGUUAAGCAGGAUGCUGCCGAGUCCCCGAAGACCGACCAUCGAGAAGAUGGCCUCCCGAAACUCGUCGUCCCUGCACGUCACUCACCGGCGCAUGGUGGUCAGCAUGCCCAACCUGCGGGACAUCGCAGUGCCCGAGCUGCCCGCCCGGAACUCGUCGCUCCGGAAGAUGGACUCCGAGGGCUCCAGGAGCAGCAGCACAGUUCCGAGCGUGACCCCCAAGGCGACGUGUUCCUUCAAGGUCCCGGAGAUCCACUUCCCGCUGGUGAGCCAGUGCGUUCAGGCCUACUUCUCCGACUGCGUGGGCCUGCUGAGCAAGGCCAUGAGCCUGCUGGCCCCCGACAACUCCGUGCUGCUGGCCAGGUACUUCUAUCUCCGGGGGGCCGUCCACCUGAUGCAGGGGCAGCUGCUGGACGCCCUCUUGGAUUUCCAGAGUCUGUACAAGACAGACAUAAGGAUCUUCCCGGCCGAUCUCGUCCGGAGGACGGUGGAGUCCAUGUCGGGGCCCGAGCGCGCCCAGGCCGAGCGGGUGCCCGAGCUGCGACGCCUCAUCAGCGAGGUCGUGGACAAGCCCGGGGAGGCCCCCAAGCCGGACGACCACGUGAAAAACUUCGAGCUGCCGAAGAAGCACAUGCAGCUGGACGACUUCGUGAAGAGGGUCCAGGAGUCGGGCAUCGUGAAGGACACCAACAUCAUAAACCGAUUGUUCGAGGCGUUGACUGUAGGACACCAGAAACAGAUUGACCCGGAAACAUUCAAAGAUUUCUACAACUGCUGGAAGGAGGCCGAGGCGGAGGCCCAGGAGGUCAGUCUGCCUUCGUCGGUGAUGGAACACCUGGAUAAGAACGAGUGUGUCUACAAGCUGUCGAGCUCGGUCAAGACAAAUCGCGGCGUGGGCAAGAUCGCCAUGACCCAGAAGCGCCUGUUCCUCCUAACCGAAGGAAGGCCGGGCUACGUGGAGAUCUCCACCUUCAGGGACAUAGAGGAAGUCAGAAGUACCACAGUAGCCUUUCUGCUUCUGCGAAUACCCACUUUGAAGAUUAAGACGGCAUCCAAGAAAGAAGUCUUUGAAGCUAAUCUUAAGACGGAGUGUGACGUGUGGCACUUGAUGGUGAAGGAGAUGUGGGCUGGGAAGAAGCUGGCCGAUGACCACAAGGACCCUCAGUACAUCCAGCAGGCGCUGACCCACGUCUUGCUGAUGGACGCCGUUGUUGGCACGCUGCAGUCGCCUGGUGCCAUUUACGCUGCCUCCAAGUUGUCUUACUUCGAUAAGAUGCGGAACGAAAUGCCCGCGGCGGUCCCCAAGACGACCUCGGAGACCCUCAAGCACAAGAUAAACCCUUCGGCGGGAGAGACCCUGCCGCACGCCGUGGACGUCUUGCUCUACACGCCCGGGCAUCUAGACCCGGCAGAAAAAGUUGAAGACGCUCACCCCAAAUUAUGGUGUGCUCUAAGUGAGGGCAAAGUGAUCGUGUUUGACGCUUCCUCCUGGACGAUUCACCAGCACUGCUUCCGAGUGGGCACUUCUAAGCUGAACUGCAUGGCGAUGGCGGAGCAGAGCCAGGUGUGGGUCGGCUCAGAGGACUCCGUCAUCUACAUCAUCAACGUCCACAGCAUGUCCUGCAACAAGCAGCUCACGGACCACCGCUCCGGGGUCACGGGCUUCGCUGUCCAGAGCGGGGCGCCCAGCAAGGUGUAUUCGUGCAGCACGGACGGGACGGUCCUGGCCUGGAACGUGAGCUCCCUGCGCGUGACCAGCAGGCUCCAGCUGCCGGGUGGCGGGCUUUCGUCCAUCCGCCUGCACGACGGCUGUCUGUGGUGCUGCACAGGUAGCGGCAUCGUGGUCGUGACGACAGGUGGAUCUCUUCGUCAGGAACUGAAGGCGGAGGAGAACUCUAAGGACGCGAGCACCUCCUUCCUGGGUUUCCAGCUCCUCCCCGAGCAGGAGCAGCUGUGGGCGGCGUGUGCCGGGCUGGACGGCGUCUACAUCUGGAGCCUCAGGGACCUGGCCCGGCCCCCUCAGCGGGUCCACCUGCAGGACUGCGCCGAGGUCAGCUGCAUGAUCAGGGUGAAGAAGCAGAUCUGGGUAGGCGGCACGGGCCGGUCACAGGGGAAGUACAAAGGGAAAAUCUAUGUGAUCGACGCCCAGAGGAAGACGGUGGAAAAGGAGCUGGUGGCCCACACGGACGCGGUAAAGACCCUGUGCUCGGCAGAGGACAGAUACGUGCUGAGCGGGUCGGGCAGCGCGGAGGGGAAGAUCGCCAUCUGGAAAGUCGAGUAAACGUGGGUGAACGUGCCGAGCCGGGCUGUGUUCUGAGGGCCGCGUGCCUUCCGCCCCUCGCCGGCGCUCCCCGGAGAAGGUGGCCGGGGGUGGGGGCACCGCCGUGUCCCCUGCACGUGCCCGUUUGGCUCCUCGGCCUCCUGACGCAUAACGCACUUUCUCUCUCGCACUUUCCUGAUUAAACUGUGCCAACGGUGUUUCGGGUUGGGGUGCUUCUCAGGCAGGCGGAUGCAUCAACUUGCUAAUAACCUCUGUGAAGUUACCCAGUGUUGUCUAGAAGGUUCCAGAACCCAUGACCAAGAGCGAGCGCCGGAGCCGGUUGGAAGGGAAUUAGCCAGAUCACAUACGACCUGCAGACGUCAUUUCUCUGGUUCUGCCUUCUCUACUUCAUUCAAUGAAUACAUUCUAAGCAUCAGGCUUACAGGAGACCUACGGCCUUCGGUUGGCUUCUUGUUGCCAGACAAGUUCACGAGAGGAGGUGUUUUUUAAACGACCGCUUUGUGGUUGAACGGAUUUGUGCCUGCCCUUGCUCUCCCCAUCAGAGCAGGUGACCCAAAAGGGGACAGGGAGGGGACAAUGCGAUGAAGGUGUGCGCACAGGGGUUGGGCUCACUGAGGCAGGAUCUGGAUUUAAGGCGAAAUUCUUAUAAUGAAGAAACCUAGAGAAACUUUUCUACCAAAGAUCACGGAUGAAAACUUUUGUCUAAAAUAGCACACACAACCUCGUCUUCCGGUGAAGUUGCCGCCAUUUACCUUAACGUACGUUUCACCUGUCUGCAUGUGGACUGCACGCCAGACAUGUCUGUGGGAGGUGCUUUAUUAUUUAACCGAAGAUGAUCUCAUUAGCUCUAAAUAACUACACAUUUGCAGAAAAAGACCUUUUAUACGUUUGUACUAUAACAUUGAGAUUUCAUUCUCUCAGGGUCCAACAGGGAGGGUUCCGGUAUGGUUAUGGGCUGAGGAGGGGCACCCGCCUGACGCACCGUGUGAGGGCCCGUGGCCUGUCCCCCGUGGACCCGCCACGAGCUCAGCCGCGGAGGGGCCUGCUGGACUCUGCCCUGGGUUUUUGGAAUCAGACACUGUGCUGGACCUCACUCACCCUGAGAGGUCUCAGAGGGUCUCUGGCCAAGUUCAGGUAGCAUCUACAGGAUCUCCAGACGAAAGCUUUGACCAGGCCCCGGGCUGGGUCUACAGGACCUAAGCGUUUUGCAAGGUCCAGACCACUGACCCAGAUUUUGGGGUGCUCUGGGAAGGUGGUACAGAGAACAGCCAGGUGGGCUCAUGCCCCCAUGACUAUGCUUACGAAGGGGGUGUGCUCCCGACUUCCAGAAGGAAGACUCGGCCAUAAACAAAGCGUGGGAGGUUGAAUUCUGCUUUUGCAAACACAUGGAAGAUUGCGGUCAAAUCCUGUCAGAAACACACAUGAAUUAAUGUCCGUCCCCACGUGACCAGGCGUUUUCACCUUGUCAACAGUAAAUUCCUUUAUUAAAGACUGA